AAAAUGCAUUCGUUAAACCUUGAAGUAGGCAAUAAUUUUCCUUCAAACCCUAAACCAGGUUCUGUAAUUCAGCACAGGAAAACCCUAAUUUCUUUGAAUCAAUACUCAUAUCUGACAAGACUGUGUGUGUAUAUGAUAUGAAAAACAGUUCAUCAGCAUAAAGAAACGGUCAAGAUCAGCCUGAAAUAAGUGAACCCACACCCAAAUCAAAGAAGAGAAAAUGAGCAAACCCGAGGACACUGAAAAGAAGAUUCUAAAUAAGAAGCUUAAAGAUGUUGAGAUUAGCAUUCCAAUAGUUUACGGCAACAUCUCAUUCUGGCUUGGUAAAAAAGCUAACGAGUAUCAGUCACAUAAAUGGACUGUGUAUGUACGUGGGGCCACAAAUGAGGAUCUUGGUGUGGUGAUAAAACGAGCUGUUUUUCAGUUGCAUUCCAGUUUCAAUAAUCCAACAAGGGUCGUUGAAUCACCACCUUUUGAGUUAUCAGAAGCAGGGUGGGGUGAAUUCGAGAUUGCAAUAACACUGUAUUUCCACAGUGAUGUUUGUGAUAAACCCUUGAACUUAUAUCAUCAUUUGAAAUUGUACCCAGAGGAUGAAUCUGGUCCUAUGUCAACGAAGAAGCCUGUUGUUGUGGAAUCAUAUGAUGAGAUUGUGUUCCCUGAGCCUUCUGAGGGCUUCUUCGCUCGUGUGCAGAGUCAUCCUGCUGUAACCUUACCCAGAUUACCUGCUGGUUUUACUUUACCUCCUCCUGUACCAGUUGAGGAUGCAAGUAAAAGGAAGAGAGGCGACACUAAAGAUCAUCCUCUAAGCCAGUGGUUCAUGAAUUUCUCUGAAGCGGAUGAGCUGUUACAACUUGCAGCAGCUCGUCAGCAGGUGCAAGCUCAUAUUGCAAAACUCAGACGACAGAUAAGCUUGAUAGAUGGACAGCAUCAACAGUUGAAAUCUCCCUCUGACCAGUGACUACCUUGCAAUUUCUUGAGAUUUCUACUUCACAUUGUUUUGGUAGCAGCAGCACAUGAUGGCAUAGGCAUGUAACAGUAAUAUUAUUGUCUCAACAGUUUGGAGUUUUGUCCCUAUGCCUCUUUCUUUUCAAAUUCAUUUUUUCCUCCCCUUUCAGUGCUUAUAUAUGAAAAUGUAUCCCUGUAUCAAUAAACAAAAGGAAAUUUUUGUAUACUUCAAUUAUUUCCAAGUAAAAGUUAAAUUUUACUCAA